ACAUUGUUUUCUUCACUUUAAAACAACCAAAACAAAGCCUCUUGUACAAGUUUUUAGUUUUUUUUCUUUUCUUUCCAAAAUUAAGAUCUCAAUCUUCCUUUUCUUUUCGGCCUGGCCGGAAACUUAUUUUCCACCUUACUAUUUUUGUGUUACGUGUGUAAAUAUGUUUUUGAAAAUAUUUCUUUUGAUGAGAUACAGGCUUUGUUAUGUAUGACGUCAUCGUUACACAGAUCGUUAUAAAGUCAAUGAUUUGAUCUGUGUUAUUAUUUGUGAAUUUUGUACUUCACUUUUGUUUAAGUUUUUAUCAAAUAUGAUGCGUAUGAGGACUAAAACAACAGAGUUGACUUCCCGGGCUGCGGUGAAAGACAGCAGCCCGGGAGAGAACGUGUUGGAGGUCCGGCCCGGAGGAAUGUUGGUUCAAAAGCGAGACCCGGAUGAAGAAUUGACCCGUAUUCCCCCGCCAACUAUUAGAGUUCGCGUGAAAUACGGGUCAAUAUAUCAUGAGAUCAUUAUUAGUGCCACUGCCACAUUUGGGGAAUUAAAGAAGAAGUUAACAGGGCCAACAGGGUUGCACCAUGAAGAUCAAAAGAUAAUGUACAAGGAUAAAGAAAGGGCUUCAAAAACAUUUUUAGAUGUUGUGGGAGUAAAAGAUAAGUCAAAAAUGGUGGUAAUGGAAGACCCAAUUAGUAAAGAGAAGAGGUAUAUUGAAGCUAGAAAGAAUGCAAAAAUCGAAAAGGCUACUAAAUCGAUAUCCGAAAUUAGCCUUGAGGUGGAUAGACUUGUCAGCCAGGUGAAAGCGCUUGAUUCGGUUAUAGCUAAAGGAGGGAACGUUGGAGAGAAAUUGAUUACGAAUUUGAUUGAGUUGUUGAUGAAUCAAUUGCUUAAGCUUGAUGAAGUUAAAAUCGAAGGAGAUGUUAGUCUUCUCAAGAAAAAACAGGUCGAAAGGGUGCAAAGAUACGUAGAAACUCUGGACGUUUUAAAGGUUAAAAACACGGCGACAAAAAUAGGGCCAAGCCAGCCGCGACCAUCACAUGCCAACGGGCAUGGUGGCACCGUGACCACAAACCACAACCACCAAUCAAAGAGGUCAGUAGUUGGGAAAUUAUCAACAAUGGCGACACAACAACAAGAGGAGGUGUCGUUGAGUAAGAAGACAUCAGGGGGAGUUGUGGUAACCACACAAUGGGAGACUUUUGAUUCCUUGCCGACAAUAUUUUCGGACCCACCGUCAACAUCAACAUCAAAAUCAACCACCAGUGAUUCAAUACAACCCGACUUCAAUUGGGAUUUGCUCUUAAAGUAGUUUGAAUUGUCUGUUUCAAUGUAUGUGUGUGUGAAAUGUGUGUGUUUUUUUUUAUUUCUAUUUUUUUGGAUCUUUGUUCCUAGUUGGUUUGGGCGUCUUCUACAUUCUUUCAUGUACCUAUAGUUUUUUUUUUUGUUAGUCUUUUAUUAAUGUGUGACAUUUUCUAUAAAUAAGAGAUCACUUGAUACUAAAAAGUAUCGAUUCAAUAAUUCAACUUAUGUUCCUA